AUACAUGUGCACGAUUUAGUACGGUGUAUGGGGCGCAUGCCCGUUGAAAAUUUUAAUACUCUGCAUUGGCACACAAUUUAAAUUCUCCUUAAAAGAGCGUGUAGUUUAAUGUGAGCACUUCGCGAAGAAAAAUAACGUCCGUGCGAAAUGAAUGCUUUUUUUGUGACUGUGUCUAUACCGCUUCUUCUAGUGCUUGCUGGAUUCAAUCAUGCACAUGGCCUUACCACUUUCGGGAAAUCGAGCAACAACAAUCAGCAGAAUGCACCGAUUCAACCCACUGUUCAAAGACCAUGUAGAUCACAAGCUAAUUGUACAGUGAUAAAAGGAACAACUUGUUUGGGAGGAUACUGUUUAUGUGGUGAUAACACCAAUCCUGUGAAUGGAGCAUGUAAAGCACAAAUCAAAGGUCCUCGACACUUAUGUACAACAGACACGGAUUGUGUGGAUAAUGCUGAUUGUUUACAACAAAAGGACAAACAGAACAAAACAGACCCAAAUGGUGAUAAAAUCUGUACUUGCCAAGAAGGUUUUGUAGAGUUGGGAUUUCAAUGUUCAGGAGCUACCACAUUAUCAAAAUUCCCAGGGAUUAUGGCUCUACUGGGUGUUUUAUUACUUUGCAGAACCUUAAACUGGUGCAAUUUUUUAAAAAUCGCACUUUAAUGUGAUCACAUGGAUAAAUCGAUAACUUGCACUUUUUUCAUGGAUGCAUAAUGCAUUAUUUAAUUAAAAAUGUUUUUCGCCGAUUACAUGAAACAUUUCUAUUCAUAAAUUAUUAACUUAUUUAUAUGUAGAUAUACUUCUCAAUCCAUUAGUCUUGAUUUUGUAGUUUAGGAACUACUAUUCAUUUUGAUGUGAGUAGCAGCUUCAUAAAAUGAAAAAAUAUCCAUUGGAUAACAUUUUGUGCCACAUUCAUCAUCUAUUUCGAUACCUACUUACAAUAUCGUGAUUAUAAUUACAGUAGUUUAGCUUUGCGAAUCACAAUAAUUAUAUUUCUCAAACAUUGUUAUCAAUAAUAUUUCAAUUCCAUGAUUUCUUCAACUUUCAGCUUUUUAUUGUUGAUAUAUUUCUACUGGGAUAUCGUCAAUCGUUUUGUUAUAUUGCACCAUCACGUGAUUUACUAAUAAUGAAUGAGCACGAUUAGUUUUAGAUGUAAUAUUAAGCACUCAAUAAAUAGAAAAUGAUAAUACUGAAUAAAAUUCAUUAUAAUUUUAUAUAUCUAAACUUAUACCCUUAUUUAUAAAUAAAAACUGAAAAUAUAAA